ACCGCCGCGCCAUCUUAAACCGUUCAGAAAAGGCCGCGCUUUCCGGAACCGUUUUUUGCUGUUUUUGUGGGUUUUGUGCCGUUUAUCGUCCGUUUUUUCCAGGCCGGUCCUAUCGCAAAAAGUGCUUCCGUGCAGCCAACUGCAAGCGAACGUGAAAAACCGUGAAAACAACGAGAAACAGCCAAUUGCCAGCCGCAGCGGUGCCCUCGACGAUCUGCGUGUUUUCGAGCAAAAGGGCUGCCGGAAAGAUUCACGGCGUCCGUGAAAAGCGUUAUCCUUGUUCCGUGUUAUUUCGUGUUCUUGUGCGUGUCUCUUUACCGAAAUCGUUGCAUUUGAAGCGACAGCGCCAGCGGUAACGAAAAAAUCGUCCGAGCCCUUCACCAAAGUUAUCAUCGCUCUCGGAACGCGGACUCCGCAGCAGGAAAAGGAUGUCGCUGCAUGUGUCGAAUCAGUCGACCGGACGCCGGUCGACACAGGUGUAUCCGAGCGGAUUCGGGGCCCCUCCCGGGGCUAGCUCUACCACCGGUGGCGCGAGCGCCAACAACAGCACACCAACCAACGGAUCGGGAGGCGGUGGUGGACGCUCAUCGAAGGGUGGUUCCGGUGGCAAGCAAUCGAUGAUUCCCGUGCUCACUACAACGCCGGUUGCUAGCAGCAACGAAACUGCUACCGUAGGCGCUAAUAUCACGACGUCGCAUUUACCUCAGUGGGAAAAGCUGCAGCAGCAAUACCAGCAAGACCAUCAGCAGCAGCUCAUUUUGGCCAAACAGCAGCAACAGCAGCAACAGCAGCAGCAGCAGCAACAGCAGCAGCAGCAGCAGCAGCAAUCUGCGACAGCACAGCAAGGUGGUCCAGUUGCUAAGGAAACGAAAAAGCAAGCUAACACUAAUGGUAGCAGCAACAACGGUACAAGCAAUGGUUCUGCCGAUAAGGGGGUGGCUGCUAGCACCGGCGGUGCUGCUACCCAGCCAGUGGUUUCCGAAACCGUUCCGAAAGUUCGUGACAGUCCCCGUUCCAGUGGUCGCUCGGUAACACCUCAGCAACAGCAGAAGCAACAGGUGGCGACAGAGCAGGCCACUGUUGCUGGCACUCCGCCAAAAACACCGGAAAAGCAAAAGCAGCCUCCAUCAUCGGGUAACAAUAGUGGCAGCAAGCAGCAGCAACAGGUCCUGCAGCAGCAGCAGCAGCAGCAGCAGCAGCAAUUGAAACAGCAGCGAGAUGAGAUUAAGGCGGCCGCUGUUGCGUCGGGGGCGUCACUGUUGGCCGAGAAACCACCCCACGGCCUCGGUGUAGAUGGUGAUGAGAUGGAAUCGUUGCUGCUGGAACCAUGGGACAAUGAGGAAGAUCAAGACGAUGACAAAUGUCUCAUUCAUUAUGUGGAGGCACCGCCUGGCCCUGCUAAUCCUUCCAAGCCGGGAACAGUGAGCGAUGCAUCACCGAAAGAGGCUGUCGGAGGUGCCGCAAUCGAUGAACCGUUGAUCAGUCGUCCUUUGCGUUCGAUCUCGGGUCGUCGAUCAACGCGCCCGAUCGCCAACAUCAUGCUGACGCACCGCCGUUCGAACGAACUGAACGACUCCGUUUCGAGCAUGAACGUCACGGUCGGAUCGGACAUUCACAACGACAGUCUACGCACACCACUGUCUGCUUCUCGCAAGCGCAAGGAUCUGAGUCCGCAGUCGGUUACAGCAGGCGGUGACGCUGCCGGCGGCGAGGGCCUCGAAAGUCCCAAGCGGGCUCGUUUGGAUUUUAGCGGAUUCCUCGACAUGGUCUCGACCCCUGUCACGAUGCUCAAGAAUCGGCUGUCACGUGUGCGACUGCACACAACGAGCACUCCGGGAUCGCUAGGAGAUACUGAGCAACCGUUGGCCACCGCGCUCGAAGAGGAAUCGAGCGCCGCUGUACCGAUUACGACUGCGACGGUGGCUGAUGAUGAGCCAGCCGCCAAUGACAGUAAUAAGUCGUCGAUGCAGGUCGAUGCGGUCGAGGAGCAACUGGCAGACGAUAAAAAGGGCGAGAAGAAGGUUGUUGCGGGUGUCGGGGAAAACUCCGAUGUCGUGAUCGAAGAAGGAGAAGAGGUGCAGGUUAAGGAUGUCACGGACAAGCAGAAACAAUGGUGUAGUAUUAUGUAAGGACACCAUCGCUUUAGACCGGGCCUGCAUUACCCGCACAACUAGUAAGGUCAAAGGGCAAGCGCUCUUCUCAACAUCAUCCUACUACAGCUGUGUUGAUGAUGAACAUUUGGCAUGUUAGACGAGCGCAACAGAGGUUCUGUUGUGCACGAGCUUUCUUUGGUUCUGUUUCGUGUAGUUUAUGUCUUGUUUCGGUUAGUUUUUCCAGAAGCUAGCCUCUGGUAUUUCGAAUACAACCCACAAAGACACGCAGUUGUCCCAGCUGUCUUUUAGCCAGUUACCCGUUCUAGUGAAGGGGUAUCUUCAGUUUUGUUAGCGUUAGUCUCUAGUAUCGCUCGUCGAAAGGCGCGGAACAGUCCGCUACGACCCGUAUACUAUUCUUUUAAACUGUUCUUAUCCCUUCUGUUCGAUUCAGCUUCCGCUUUUUAGUUAUCUCUCUCUCACUCACUUCCAAGCGUACUCCGACAUAUCUAGUUUCUGCGAGCGUUAGAUAAGCCUUCUAAUGUCGAUCUGAUAUUGGAUAUAGUAUUGAGAAAAGGGACGUUUUAAUAGAUGUCGAGGCGAAGAGGUUAACCCCAAGCGGGAUUUAUAUGAUGGGAGGGACAGUGAGAGCAAGGAAAAGCGUUUUGUUGAAAUAUGGCAUUAUGAAAUGAAAUGAAAGACAGGAAAACAAAAAUGCUUAUAUUCGAAAGGACACCUAUGGAUAGAAUAGCAUAACGACAACAAAUAAUCUCCGAUCAAUCGCACAGAAUGUGAACAUGUGUAAAAUGUGCGCGGCCCACCCACUAACCCGUUUUAGCUCGCGUCUUGUAAGGCAGCAAAUUUUAUUUUGAAUAUCGAGUGAUGGAAAACAGAAGAUGGGGAUAGCAUUAACUGUAGAAAGCCGCGCUAGCACCACCACCACCCUCACACAGAAAACAGAUUAUCAUUACAUGAGUAAGCAGUAAACAUAUUGGUACAACAUAGUUCAUGAAGAGCACGCAAAGAGCUAGAAGACAGAGAAGAAUCUGAAGGAAAAAUGGAAAUUGGCAUUGGCGAGGUAACAAAUCUGUUAUCAGCGUCAAAUCAAAUUGAGCAGCAUCGGUGGGAAGGAAGGAGAUAAAGAUACCCUCAGGGUCGACCGAUUAAUUGUUCUUCCACUGAUCGCCAAAUGUCAGGCCAGAAGUAGAAGAAACGAAGCUCAAUUUUUUGAUUGUUCAAGAAUCGGGAAGAACUCAAAACGAAUUACAGAGCCACUCAUUGUCGUCUUCGUCGUAAAGAAUGUGUUUCUUGCAAUCAUUUAUACAAAUACUUUAAUAGAAAUAAAAUACAAGUACCC